AUGCAGCCAGACAAAAAAAGUGGCACAACACACACUGGGAGAGGCUAUGGCUGGCUGGCUUCUUGCCUGUGCGCCUCUUUGCACUGCCCAGAUCAUGGAGGCGGACAGGCAGAUGAUGAAACCUUGCUGGUUGUGCCCAAAGAGACUCUCGCAGAAUUGCUGCAGCUGUCGAAAGGCUGCCAGUUACCUGAGGCAGACAUCUCCUCAUCUCUCGCGCUGCUCGUAGGAUCAUGCACUUGGGGAAGUCCUGCAAUCAGUGAGGGCUCCAUCCUCAAUGGAUUUCCUUCAGGCGACUUAGGGCAAGAUGCACGUGUUCUUCGGCUGCUCAUCCAUGCAAUUGAGAAAGGUGCCAGGUUUGAGUAUGGUCGGCCGUUGAAGCCUUCAGCAUCCGGAAGAGCUGCAGCAAACGUGGAUUUCCCGGGACGGAUUGUGCCAGGUGCGCAGUACUUCAUCGCAUCCUUCCCGGGGAAGUUUCAUCAGGAGUGGAAAAAUCUUACCCAGGCCAUUGAAAUUCCACCGCUUGCGUUUUCUUCCCGGAUGAGUCCCACCUCAAUGGCAUGCAUUGCACUGACCACCGUGAUGGUUUUGAGCGUUGCUUUUGUGAUGCCCUCUAUGGGCAAAAGCAACCAUGGGGCUGUGCUUGGUUCGAGCUUUGGAAGCAGGCCAGAUUCCCGUUGUGGUCUACUUCAACGGGCACCACUCGACGUCCGACAAAAGCACCUACAGAGAGCGCUUCCACCUUGGCCAUUCUGA